AAAAAUAGUUAAUUUUUUGCAAACAAAUAUAAUAAAUGAUUACCUGAUUGGUGAAAUGACGAAUGUGUUGGAAUCACAUUGAAAAAUAACGUGAAUCGAGUGGACCCUGUAAAAAAAUGUGUACAUAAAAUGUAUAUCCUAUUUUAAAAUAUGGCUUAUUGUCGGUUUAUUAAAGAUUUUAAUAUAAAACAAAACAUCUUUUUUGAUUAAACAAAAACACAAUAAAUAAUAUUCAAUUUAUUGUCGUAAUGCCCGAACGGCUAAAGGAGCUGCAUUUUUCAGUCUCCUGGACCCAUUCACAGUCGCAUUCACAGAUUCAGCUUAAUACCAAGUCCGAGGACCUGAAAAAAAUCCCAGGAGCUCAAGAUGUCAAUCCGUGUUGUAGUAUUUUGGGUUUUAACAAUAGCGUAGCGAUAAAAAAUGAACUUGUAGGUGUAACUAUUUGUAAAAGGCGUCGCUUCCAAAAACAUCAGCAGAUUCAUAGGGUUAAAAUAUACAACGGGUGUCCCGUCAAUAUUAAAGUUUGCAUUUCAACGACUAUGCUGAGUAUUCGAAAUCAGGUCCCAAAGGCUUCAAAUAAUCAACAACCAGCUAUGCAUAGAAAGUCAAAAAGUAAAAGCAAGUUCAAAGAUUUUAAAAAGCUGUCCCUUGAGCAGUCACAUGAAGAAAUGCAGAAAACUGCGAAUCACAUAUAUUCUUUAAAACAAUCGAAAGAAUCAUGUCCAGUAGCAUCAGUAAAAGUCGACUUCAAUACAUCAAAUGAUUUUCCGGAGAUGAAGAAUACUACAAAAGGUCCACUGUUUAAGAAAAAGAGAAAAAUAUGCCACAGCAAGCAUUCUGCUUCUAGAUCUUCAGUAAUUCGGUGUAAAAUGUUAAUUCCGUUGCCUACAUUGGGUGCUACAUCCUUUGUAACUCUGCUCGCAUUAAUCUGUAUGGAAACUAUCUUGCUGUCCACAAUGUCCAGCUGCGCUAAAACAUUUUAUAUGCAUUGGAACACCUCAAACAGCAUAUUUCGGAUUGAUAACACCGAUCAUAUAAUUGACGUUAAUAAAGGCAAUCUCGCUUUUGAGUUUGAUCAGGUGCAUAUUAUAUGUCCUGUUUACGAACCUGGGACAUUUGACAACGAAACCGAGAAAUAUAUAAUUUACAAUGUAUCUAAAGUGGAAUAUGAAACUUGUCGCAUAACAAAUGCAGAUCCGCGAGUAAUAGCAAUUUGUGAUAAACCUCAAAAACUAAUGUUUUUUACUAUUACCUUCCGGCCAUUUACACCGCAACCAGGUGGCUUGGAAUUUCUACCUGGAAAUGACUAUUACUUUAUUUCAACUUCAUCCAAGGACGAUCUUUACCGUCGAAUAGGUGGUCGUUGCUCCACAAAUAAUAUGAAAGUUGUAUUUAAAGUUUGCUGUGCAAGUGAAGAGAAAACCAAAAAUACAACGACCAGCAAAUCAGUUGGCAUUACUGAUACUUCCAAUGUUUCUUCUUAUGAUGUUGGUCACAAUUAUUUAAAUGGAAAAAAUAUUGGUCUAGGAAGCAAUAUUGGCAUAAGUGGCGUCAGCAGCGGCAUAGUCCCCCCUUUUUCUAUAAAUCCUCCUAAUGGCAACAGCGAUGUUAAUAGUAAUAGUAUUGGACCUAGUAUUAAUACAAAUCUUGAUAAAUUUAAUAGAAUUCCAAUUCAACCAAACAUAAUUGGUAAUAAUAUUGGCACAAAUUCAAAUGGAGAAGUUAAUGUUGCAAGUAAUGCAGGUAUUCUGCCUGCACCUGGUCAUGGCAGCAUCAACAUGCUUCAACCAGGACGUGGUGGGAUAAAUAUACCUUACCCAGGACAUCAUCACAUUCAAACUGGAAUACGGAUAAACAAUGUUCCCACACAUCAUAGUUAUCCGCCUCACAAAGGAAAUCCCAACAGCAAUUCGAAUGAUGAUCAUCAUUAUGAAAAACAUCCUAACGAGGUCGUAAAGAAUGAAGAAUUGACGUAUAAUAGUGGAUCUUCAUCUCGAAAGUGCCGCAUCUAUAGUAUAUGGAUUCGGCUAUUUUCGUGGCUAUCGUUGACUUUACCUUCGUUUUGCUGUAUGGCUGCGCAUUGGAUAAGUUCACCGGUAGCAUUAAGUAUAGCUGCUGUUCUUGGAAUGCACUACAUAGCUGGGAAAGCCAUAAUUACACCACAGUUGUAUCGGUCAGAAAAUAUUUUAUGCACUCCAUCCUGUAUUAAUAAUUUUAGAGUUUCCUCAACAGCCACAAACAAAUAUGUGUGUUAGAUUAUCAGGGGUUUUGUUUUAGCAUAUUAAUACAUAAUGAGUGUGUAUUUUUAAUCAAAGUAUCGCGCAAUAUUUUUUCAAUUCAAUUUUGUAUUAAUGUAGAGGGUGUUAUACUGACCUCGGUAUCAGUGUAAUUGAUUUAAACAUAUAUUUGCAAUCGAUCGAGUUAUUCCGACUUGAAAAUUUAGGAUAAUAGAUCAGAUAGAAAGGAGAAAGGUGAAAUAGAUUUAAUAAGUAAAAAAAUAAAUACUUAAACCAUAUUUAAAAUUGAAAUCUAGAUGUAGGGAUCGAAUUAUAACUAAUUUAUAAACGAGAACGGCUAAAGAUAUUGAAAAAUUUUUUAAUAAUGUACCAAGGCCCAGGUAUACACAGUACUAGCAAUUUAGCUAGAUAUACGCCGUAAAGUGCCUAGCCACUAGCCACUCAUCCGCUCGAUAUUGUUUCCUUAUGGUUUUACAAAGUCACUUUUUGGCGUUUGUAGGAAUCAGAAUGUUCAUCUAAAUCCAUCCGCUGAAAAUUUGAAUGAGAACUUAAAUACUUAAAACGACUCAGACAUUCCCUUUUAUUAUCCUUAUAUGCCUUGAUAUGGCUUUAAGUAAAAUAAAAAUAUUAUAACGUUUAGUUUCUCAUUGUACAAAAAAUAGUACUGUGGGUAUUUCGACUGAAAUUAAUACAAAAUAAACACGCUUUUAAAGAAAGCGAGUAGACAAUUAGUUCUAAAAGCAUUAGAGACGACUUUGCUUAGCCGAUUGUACAAUGAUACACUACAAUAAGGUAUCCUCGAGUAUGUUAAAUAUUCGUUUACAAAUGUAUAUGUACAAUCGUGUUAGGUAUUUUGAAUAUGGUAAAGGUGAAAUUCAAAGAACUUGACUAAAAGUUUUAUGUUCUUCUUGUUUUGUUUUUAUAUAAUUUUUUAUUGGAUAUAAGACAUUUUUAUUUUAAAUAAAUAAAUUAAGAAACAUUGUGAAGUACACUGCUGGCCAAAAUAUUAAGUACAUGCUCAUAAGAUUUCUUUUAUUUCACGUAAAUCUUUUUUUUAUUACCGUAACGAACCAAUUCGAAUUUUUUUAGUUUUCUGGCGUAAUGCUGAUUAUAAAAAUACUUAACAUAAGAAUAUUUCACGAAAUAUGUAUAAUUUAUUGUGGAUUAAACCUAAAAACAUAAAAAAGGGUUGGUCAAAAAAAAAGGUACAGCAAUUCUUCAAAGCCUCUAACUUAAAAAUCAAAAACACUUUCUCAAUUCUUUUUCUUUAUAGUAAUCUUAUGCUAAUACCCAGUAUAUCCCCCCUUAUUUUGUAUAACUUUUUAUAUCCGUUUCGGCAUGCUGGGCAUUUAAUUUACGGCACUUCUCCAAACCUUGUCUUCUCUUCGAAUUGCUGCAAUUCUUCUUUAUUUUGAAAUGUGUUUGUGCCAAUCCGAGGAUUAAGCUCUAGGUUAUGUCUGCAGUUUGACUUGGCCACUUCAUAAUGUCCACCUUGUUUUCGGUGAACUAAGCCUUGACCAGCUUUGAUGUGUGUUUUGGGUCGUUGUCCUGUAGAAAGACCCGUCUCAAGGGCAUGUCUUCCUCAGCAUUAUGUCAGACAAUGUAUUUCUAUACCCAAAUCGGGUCAUAGUAUCGGUAAUCCGAUGAAUCGGGACAACUCCAUGCCAAGAAAAACAGUCCCAAAUCAUAAUGUUUCCGCUUCCGGGUUUAACGGUCUAUUUCGAGUACCGGUCGUCGAAUUCUUUGCCUUUGGGUCGCCGAAACAAGUCGUACAUUCUUUCUGGAGUGGUUACCAAAUAGAUUUAUUUUUGUUUCGUCGCUCCAUAGGACAUUAUUCCAGUUUUUGGAACCCUCUGGUCCAGAUCAUGCCAAACGAUUUUGGGCUAACUUUUUCCUCAUCUUUAAAUUAUUCCCUCGAAGGAGAGGAACUUUUCUGGCAAUGCGUCCUUGUAAGCCAGCAUUAGUAAGUCUACGACGAACUGAUCUAGACGAUAUUUCAUGGUCAAUAUGAAAGACUUAGGAUUCGGGUGUCGGUCGUUUGACAGGAUUUCUUCUUCCGAACUCGAGUUUCGAAUUGAACCUUGAAUUUUAGGGCAUUCUGGACCAAAAAUAAUGACUGCCAAAGUCUUUUAGCGAUUUCCCGAAGACUUUAUUCUUCCUUUUGCAGAAUUAAAGCAAUUUUUUUCUUUUUUCUGUUGUACAAUUCUUUUUUUUGCCCCAACUAUAGAAUUUUUUUUUCCUGGGAUAUCCUUAAAUAUGCUAGAAAAUAAUAAAAACCAACAAAUCUUAACUCGAAUCUAGCUUUAAUCCUUUAAAAUUUAUCAAAUACACAGGUGUACUUAUUAUUUUGACCAGACCAAAAUCGCCCACCCAGCAGAAAAUUAAGCUUAGUAUUGAAUACACGAGGUGCCCCAAUUUCAAUUUUGUUUUAGAAAUUGUGUAACAUUGUAACUUAUCAAUAUAAAAAAAUUGACGGGUGUGCAUUGCAUAAAAAUCGAGUUAUAUGUACGUACUGUGUACUUAUUAUUUUGGCCAGUAGUGGUAUGUCUUCAAAUUCGUAAAAAUGUAUAUGUAUAUACGAAUAGAACAGUAUACAUUGUAAUAAUAAAACAAAAACGUAUUUAGGUGAAACGUUAUAAACUUUGUAUAUUUAAUAUAAGCAAAUCGAAAAAGUAAAAUUAAAGUAAUAAAUGAAUAACAACAAACGAACGAAAAAGUUUAUAUUGUGCUUCAAUUGUGUGAAAAUUGAAGAAUUAAUAAUAUAUUUACAUAUAAAGAGAAGAAUUCAAAUGACAUUAGUGCGUUAUUAUACACGCGUGUCUUCAUUUAGUCCGAUAAUUGAGUGUGUUAAUAUACACAUAAAAAAAUUUUUCAAAACUAGUAUUAAAAUUCAUAAUGGAAGUGAAAAUAAAAUGAAAAAUUCAUCAAA